CGUGCUUCGUACUGGAAGGUUCGCCUCGUUGCCCGUUGCGGUCUUCAUGACGACACGGUGGCCGCUGCUGUAGACGACGCACGCUGCCAGACUCGGAUUACCUGUCUUCACCGCGCUCAAUAUUGACAAGAUGCCGCGUUCGUUCCUCAUCAAGAAGCACGUCAACGCGGGAGCCACGGCGUUGUCGCGGCCUGUAGCCGUUGUCAAGAGGCCCUGGCUGGACGAGAUCUCGCACGAAGCUGAGGACCUUAGCACGUCGCCCCCGCCAGUCGUGCGGGUGCCUAUGGCCUUGUCACCGGCGCUCUCCGAUGGCUGCGUACCAGAUAUCGCGCGGCCAUUCGACCUCAGCCUAAAGGCGAAAAAAUCGAGUGGGAGGUCCGAGUACCCCUCCAUUCACCGGCCCGUGGCCCUGACACCGCCGCCGGGAGUGGCCCUCAUCGCCCCCAAGGGUGACCGGAGCCUGGACUGGCCGCACCAGCCUGCGUACCUGGCGCACAGCUACAUGCCGCUCACGCUCUACCCUGUGCCGGCCGCGAGCGACUACUACGCGCCCCUGGUUCCUCCUCCUCUAGUGGCUAGCCACCCGCUGACGCCACGCGAUCUGGCCAAGCAGAGCCCGCCCCAGCGAGACGCCGUGGUUCCCUCGUGGUCGUCUGGCGUCUCCUCUUCCUCUUCGGACGAAAAGGAGUCGCGUGGCUCUCCAGUGCCCCCUGAGCGGCCCCGGAGGCGGCCCGAGAACGCGCCACGCUACCCUUGCACCGGCUGCAACCGCAGCUACUCCACCUACAGCGGCCUGUCCAAGCACCGGCAGUUCCAUUGCUCCGCCACCACGAGCAAGUCCUUCUCGUGCAAAUACUGCGAGAAGGACUACUCGUCGCUGGGCGCGCUGAAGAUGCACAUUCGCACGCACACGCUUCCCUGCAAGUGCAAGCUGUGCGGCAAAGCCUUCUCGCGACCCUGGCUUCUCCAGGGCCACAUCCGGACGCACACCGGAGAGAAGCCGUUCGCCUGCCCCCACUGCAGCCGAGCCUUCGCCGACCGCUCAAACCUCCGCGCCCACUUGCAGACGCAUUCGGACAUUAAGAAGUACAGCUGCAAGUCAUGCAGCCGUACUUUCUCGCGCAUGUCCUUGUUGCUCAAGCACGAAGACGGUGGCUGCCCCGCCGCGGCGCUCAACCGCAGUCAGCCUAAGCCCUAGGUGCGCUCUAUUGGGGCAUUAUUUAUGACAUGUACAGACUCUAGUCGCGUCCUGUUCGCAGGCCUUGGACAGUAGAAACGGCACGGCGAGUUCCAUGUCGCACGUCGUCUCGUAUUUAUUUAAACACAUUCUUUCAUUCGCUACGAGUCUCGUUUCCUUGUUCUCUUGCAUAGGGCAAGAGUAACUGCCAUUCUUUGCCAAAGAUUGUUACCAUCAGUACAGCUCGUCAGCUAGUUCGCAUUGUCCGCUAAAGGAGCAAAUAGGCAUACCCGUUCGCAGAUAUCAAAGCUUAAGGCGUGCCCUGUCAGCAUCAAUGAAGCCUCUUCGCGGUUUCCUGUGGGCACUCAGGCCUGGCAAAUACCGAUGAGGAGCAAUUCGGCAUGCAUGAGUUUCCGAAAGAAGGCGCAGUACUAUUUGCUCGUCCUUUUAGUCAAUUAAGCUCAAAUGUGCCAGCGCUCUAACUCAAAACCUGUUGGCGGCUGUACAGUUGAAUUCACAAAGCUUUUCGUUCGUAAGAAAUGUCAUUGGCUGGCCGCCUACGUUAAUAUGUUCGCUGCCAAGUUCGGCCAGCGGCUGCUCUUUAGAACAAAUGUAGCGUACGAAACGCUUUGUGAAUACAAGCCCAGGUGUUUGCGGACGAAGCCUUGAGCGCUGCGGGUAAGCUGCACGGGCUUUGUUCGUGUCUCAAAGUGCCAUGUUUUUUUCUUUUUUUUUUUCUUGUACCUGGUAAGGAACGAGCGUAGGAGGGGAACAUUCAGGCAUUUGCUGUUUAUAGGUGCAUGAGAGGUUCAGUUCUCAGUCUGUGCCUCGCAUGUCUCAAACUGAGCAUGCAGCAGCUUUAGCACCAAUUUAUCAUCUUCUUUCUUUUCUCAAUGAAAGUAAGAGCUCACUUCAAACUGUACAUAUAAUAUGCUCACCCAUAUUUUGUCAUCCGGUUAGGACUAGUCAUGAAUUUCGUUUUGUAUUCCUGGAACGUAAACAAGACACGAUAUCUUUCCUCCCGAAAGGGAAUCAGCCUUCUCAUUAUCAUAUGCCUGUGGCGGAGCACUGUUGCCAUUUCCAUUGUACCGUGCACCGUCACGACAGUUGCCAUUUCAAGUUAUGACUGUUGACUCAGCACCCACAGUGACUUCCAUAUGUAUGUGUUUGUUACACAGAUUUGUUGAUUGCUCUUGAAAAAAAGAAAUGUCAUGUUCAUAUUGCCAUACAGCUUAGAAAGCAAUAAACUACUUUUUA